CCCUUCCGGGUCGGGACCCUGCCCAUGUUCCGGUCUUGCGCACGAGGGUUAGAACGCAGGAACUCCGCCGGCGUUUCUAUGGUAGCGGGUGGCCGGUUCAUUGCGGGGCUAGGCAACAAAGUAGUAUCAGUGUUCGGUGGCUCCACUGGAACUACGCAGAGCCAGGCCAGCGGGACCACAGAAUGGGCUGAGGUGGCGGUGGCUGUUUGGAUAAAGUCGACAGCGGGACGUGGGGCGUGACGCCGUAGUAAAAGCCCAGCUUGAAAAUGGAGAUGUAUGAAACCCUUGGAAAAGUGGGAGAGGGAAGUUACGGAACAGUCAUGAAAUGUAAACAUAAGAAGACUGGGCAGAUAGUGGCCAUUAAGAUAUUUUAUGAGAGACCAGAACGAUCUGUCAACAAAAUUGCGAUGAGAGAAAUAAAGUUUCUAAAGCAAUUUCAUCACGAAAACCUGGUCAAUCUGAUUGAAGUUUUUAGACAGAAAAAGAAAAUUCAUUUGGUAUUUGAAUUUAUUGACCACACAGUAUUAGAUGAGUUACAACAUUAUUGUCAUGGACUAGAGAGUAAACGACUUAGAAAAUACCUCUUCCAGAUCCUUCGAGCAAUUGACUAUCUUCACAGUAAUAAUAUCAUUCAUCGAGAUAUAAAACCUGAGAAUAUUUUAGUAUCCCAGUCAGGAAUUACUAAGCUCUGUGAUUUUGGUUUUGCACGAACACUAGCAGCUCCUGGGGACAUUUAUACGGACUAUGUGGCCACACGCUGGUAUAGAGCUCCAGAAUUAGUAUUAAAAGAUACUUCUUAUGGAAAACCUGUGGAUAUCUGGGCUUUGGGCUGUAUGAUCAUUGAGAUGGCCACUGGAAAUCCCUAUCUUCCUAGUAGUUCUGAUUUGGAUUUACUCCAUAAAAUUGUUUUGAAAGUGGGCAAUUUGUCACCUCACUUGCAGAAUAUCUUUUCCAAGAGCCCCAUUUUCGCUGGGGUAGUUCUUCCUCAAGUUCAACACCCCAAAAAUGCAAGAAAAAAAUAUCCAAAGCUUAAUGGAUUGUUGGCAGAUAUAGUUCAUGCUUGUUUACAAAUUGAUCCUGCUGACAGGAUAUCAUCUAGUGAUCUUUUGCAUCAUGAGUAUUUUACUAGAGAUGGAUUUAUUGAAAAAUUCAUGCCAGAACUGAAAGCUAAAUUACUGCAGGAAGCAAAAGUCAAUUUAUUAAUGAAGCCAAAAGAGAGUUCUAAAGAAAAUGAACUCAGGAAAGAUGAAAGAAAAACAGUUUAUACCAAUACACUGCUAAGUAGUUCAGUUUUGGGAAAGGAAAUAGAAAAAGAGAAAAAGCCCAAGGAGAUCAAAGUCACAGUUAUUAAAGUCAAAGGAGGAAGAGGAGAUAUCUCAGAACCAAAAAAGAAAGAGUAUGAAGGUGGACUUGGUCAACAGGAUGCAAAUGAAAAUGUUCAUCCUAUGUCUCCAGAUACAAAACUUGUAACCAUUGAACCACCAAACCCUAUCAAUCCCAGCACUAACUGUAAUGGCUUGAAAGAAAAUUCACAUUGCGGAGGUUCUAUGACAAUGCCACCCAUCAAUCUAACCAACAGUAAUUUGAUGGCUGCAAAUCUCAAUUCAAAUCUCUUUCACCCCAGUGUGAGGUUAACUGAAAGAGCAAAAAAGAGACGCACUUCUUCACAAUCUAUUGGGCAAGUUAUGCCUAAUAGCAGGCAAGAGGAUCCAGGUCCUAUUCAAAGCCAAAUGGAGAAGGGUAUAUUUAAUGAGCGAACAGGUCACAGUGACCAAAUGGCAAAUGAGAACAAAAGGAAGCUGAAUUUUUCCAGAUCUGACAGGAAAGAAUUCCAUUUUCCAGAAUUGCCUGUCACAAUGCAGUCAAAAGAUACAAAAGGAAUGGAAGUUAAACAGAUAAAAAUGCCGAAGAGGGAGUCAAAGAAAACAGAUUCAUCUAAGAUAUCAACUUUACUUAACGUGGAUCAAAAUCAAGAAAAACAAGAGGGUGGAGAUGGCCAUUGUGAGGGGAAGAAUUUGAAGAGAAACAGGUUUUUUUUCUGGUAGUGUCUUUUCUUUUAAAUAGUCCUAAAAAUACAAGAUGACAACUCUUCCCGUUUUGUUUAUCUACAAUAGAAAUGUGAUGUGAGUUGUUGUUAAGACAGCCAUCCAUGUGCAUGAGCAUCAUCCAACUUUUUUUGUUAGCAAAACAUUUACUGUUUUCUUCUCCCUUUUAAGACUCUGUUGGUGUGGUAAUUUGAUUUGAAAUUAUAAAGUCAUCUCUUCUCUGCCUACU